AUGGUGAAAAGGCAGAUCAAAGCAAUCACUGGAGAUGUCGAUGACAAAGUUUAUGUUAGACCAGACACAGAUGGUAUGUUUUUAAAUGAUACUUGGUGUCAAUUCUGUAUUAUACCCAAGACCAAGUAUAAAUAUAUCUCACAAUUAAAGGACAAGUCUUGCAUUAGUUGGCAUGAAAUGUAACAUUUUAAAUUUCUCAACAAGUACAAUAUUAAAAAUGUCUGUCAUCAAUCGUUGCCUGAGGGUUCUGUGUAUUUGAACUGUUUUGCAUUAAAACCACAAUAUCUUAGAGGAAUCACCUGUAUUUGUUUGUAGAGAACAUAAUGAAAUUUGUGACUGUAGAAUAUAAUGGGUUUUUGCACAUUCACAAUGAAAUUCAUUUUUACUUUUCAAUUUUAGUUGGAUUCAGAAAUACCAAGUCACAAGGAAUUCUCCAAGUCACAGAUUUAAAUGCAGCCAAGAAGCUACCACAACAUGACUUUGGAAAUCCAGAUGCACAUGUUACUCCAAGUGCAGUUAGACUGGUGACUUGGCAGGAAGAGAAUGUUGAUGAUAUAAAAAUAUUUUUAAGUUUCUUGGUUUUUAUUUAUCCCAACAAUUUCAUUUCUCAUAUAAAUAUAUGGUUUACAAGUUCUAUGCAAAACAAUCUGGUAUCUGUACUUUAAUUUUCUGUAUUUCUGACUUCUUAGAAAAAAAGACCCUGGUGAAAGAUAAAGAUCAGAGCUUUGUUAUGUUGAGACCCAAGAAGUUGGUAGGAAGCAGUGGCUCAGUUUGGGCAUCAAAUUUGAUGGGCUACAUCAACAGUAUCCUAAUAAUUUCGAGCCUGAAGUAAUGCAUGCAUUCAAAUGAGUACCUCUUAGAAUCUUAUGCCUUAAACUAAGAGAUGCGUCUCAUUAUUUUGUUGACACAACUACAGAGGACGAUAUAGCAGCUGCAAGUAGGGCACCUAAAGAGAGCCCAUUCAGAGAAUAUGAACUCUCCUGGUUGAAGUGGUUACUACUAUUGCACCAAAAAUGUGAACUUGACGAAGAACUUAUGUCACUUGUUGAUUCAGAACAGGAGAUAUUCUCUGCCAUAGAGACGAAAACUAACAAGGUCAUCACAUCUCUGAAAGAAUUGGAAAAGUUAAUUGCUGAAUCCAAAACGCUGGAUCCAGUCAAUCUUGCAAAGAAAUACGAAGCAAUCUGCAGUUAUCGUGAUAGCAUUUUUUUUUUUUUUUAUUUAAACAUAUUUUAUUACAGACAUUUUCUCCAAGAGCAUAGCUCAUCAAGGGAGAUUAUGUCGGAUUAUUUACAAACUUUAGGUUACUCACAUCAAGACAAAGAGGAUUACAUAGAAAAAAAGAUUACAUCAAAACAAAUCGAAUAA